AGCAGAGCCCAAUGUAUCCAUUCCAAAGUCAACUGACACAUCAGACCUGCAGUCCAUUCAACAAGUUUAUGCCAUAAGUUUUAUGCCUCCGGAUCCAAAAAAAGAAGCUGGCACAUGGUGUACGGCAAGUAAAAAAAAAAUUGUGUGUAUUAUCUCAAGCAUCUGUGUGCUCAUAGCAGCAGUCAUCAUUAUCACCGUGCUGUCUUUGGUCCUUUGUUUACCGACCACAAGAUCAAUCUGUGAAAAGUCAUGUGGAACCAGUGCAAAGUGUGUCCUUUCGUCCCAGUGGUGCGAUGGGGUAUUUGAUUGUCCUAAUGGAGAAGAUGAGACAUCCUGCGCAAAAACAACAGCAUGCCAGAUGCCAUGUGGAAGUUCUGGUGCUUGUGUCCUUUAUUCCCAGUGGUGCGAUGGCAUUUCCGAGUGUCCUAAUGGAGAAGAUGAAAAAAACUGUAUUCGACUGUAUGGACCAAGCUUCCAGCUGCAGGCGUAUUCUCCUGAGAAUGCCACAUGGCUGCCGGUGUGCUAUGACAAAUGGAGUGACAUUGUUGGAAAAACCACCUGCAAGGACAUUGGAUAUAACAUUAGCACCUACUACAAGAGCAGUCAGUUGUUGGCCUCAAGUAAUGGAUAUCUCAUGCUCCAAUCAAGUAAUGUGACGGGAAAGCUGUACAACAAUCUUAAUUACAGUGAUACCUGCCCCUCUGGGAAUACAGUUUCAUUGCGCUGUAUAAAUUGUGGUUUGUCUACAAAGGUGGAAAGCAGGAUAGUAGGGGGAACAUUUGCUUCAGCAGGAAAUUGGCCUUGGCAAAUAAGUCUUAUGAAGCAAGUUGGUACUAGUACUUAUUUGUGUGGUGGAUCCAUCAUUACACCAUACUGGAUAGUGACUGCUGCUCACUGCGUAUUUGGAUCAUCAGGGUUUUUGAUUUGUGUAUUUUUUAGGUUUACUCCUUCUGCUUUUAAAGUAGUUGCUGGAACACUGAGCAUACCAAGCCAUUAUUCUACUGCCCAUUUGGUGGGAAGAGCACUUGUGCAUCCCAGCUAUACAUCAAACACACAAAACUAUGACGUUGCUCUGCUGAAGCUUAAAACAGCGCUGGUGUUUACAACUAAUCGCAGACCUGUAUGCUUACCUAAUGUUGGGAUGACAUGGGCAGAGGGACAACCAUGUUGGAUAUCUGGAUGGGGAACUACAUCAAGUGGAGGCAUGUUUUCCUAUCUUCUAAAGGCAGCUUCAGUGCCUCUUAUCUCUUCUACAACAUGUAACCAAGCGGCGGUGUAUGGUGGAGCCAUCACUUCUGCUAUGAUGUGCGCUGGUUAUCUCAAUGGAGGAACAGACGCUUGCCAGGGUGACAGUGGAGGGCCUCUGGUUGCCAAAACCAACUCCUUGUGGUGGCUUGUUGGUGACUCAAGCUGGGGAGAUGGAUGUGCCAAAGUCAAUAAACCUGGAGUGUAUGGGAAUAUAACAGUCUUCUUGGAAUGGAUAUACUCGCAGAUGCAGGUAACUAACAGAUAGUUCAGGCUAGAAAAUCAGGUCUGGAUUUAGGAGUAGGCAGGUGACCUGGGAGGGGGUGUGAGUCCAAGGGAAAAAACCUUUUGCAUGGUUCCCACCUAUUACUGCCAUACUGAGCCCUCUGCACAUAGCACUGGAGAUGGGUAGAAUGGCAGUAAGUGGCAAUGGAUGAGGGGGACAGGCAGCAAGUUGACAGAAUAUGAAGCUGAAAAGCAGGUGAUGUACUUCUCCUUUAAGGUUUUUUUGAGUCUGACUGUGUGGAGUUGGCACAGCAAGUUUAAAGCUAAA